UACGUAUGAAAAUAGUAUAUAGGCUAUAAUUACUAGUCCACCAUGAAGCUUUAAAUGGACUUUAAUUGCAGACCAAUCACCUUCUGUAGAGCAGCGUUAGCCCCGCCCACUGACUUUAAUGUUGAAAGCUGAUAUGCUGAAACACAGAACAUGAUCAAAUAAAGUAAAUACCUAAUAUUUACUUUCCAUUACAGACUGCACACAUACACUUAUGCAUUUUAUUUAUUUAAGCAUUUAAGUAAUACUCAAUAAAUGUGCAAAGCUGUGAUAAAAAAAAAAAAAGUUUGUACCAAUGGGUUUUUUUUAUUAUUAUUUUUACCCAAGGAGGUCUAGGUUGGUGCUUUCUUUCCUUAACUAAUGAAAUAAUUAUUUGAAAACUGCUUUUGUAUUUACUCGGAUUAUAUUUAUCCAGUAGUUCAUUUUGUUUUAUGAUAUGAAAUGUUUAAGUUUGACCAAAAAAAAGCUGUUCUCCCUAAUCUGUAGGAAGGUAAACACUUCUUCACAGUGCUGUGCUUGUCUAUUACAUUUAUAUUUCAACUGUCAAAUAUGUGCAGAUAAAUUGCAUUUGGGUCUUAAUCUACAGAAUGCAGCUCUUAUUUCUUUACAUUUUUGCUCCUAUUUGAUACCUAUUUUCAAACCACAUAAAGUAGAGCAAUAAUUGUUUUUUUGCAUUAAACCUUAAGAGUUACACUUACUUAACGCUGUUUGCUUUCACGGGUUUAUAGUAAAAAGGCGAACGCAAACACGUCAGAGAAACCCAGGCGCGGGGUAAAUCCCUAUAGAUCAGGUACAUAUGGAUCAGGUAGAUUGUUUACAGCACUUCCUGGAUUGGAUCCUACGGAGCCCCCUAAGGAACACGAGGGAUUUUAUUUUUCUUUUGCGUUACGUCGCAAUAGGCUUUGCGUUCUCUCGCCACGAUGUACUGAUUGGUUAAUGAGGCAUAAUUUAAUGCUGUAAGCCUUUCUUACGGUGUCCAUUGUACUUUCUGCUUUGAUAUAAGGCUUUUGUGAAGUUUUUUCAUGAAAGUCGUUGGGAAAUAUCUGAAGUUUUAUAUAUUUUCUUUAGAAUGGAAAUGCACCACAAACCUAUGAUAUAAACUUGGUAAACUUUCCGUAAGAAGGAAAUAAAUAAAAGAUACAUCCAAACUAUUUGGACUAUAUCUGAGUUAUUAUCGCGGGGUAAUAAGUCAUCUGACAGUUUUGAUUGUGUCUCUUUGUGUUGGUAGUCUGAAUGGUUUAAUUUUUAUGCGCAGUUCCAUCCCAACUUUACUCAAACAGACACAAACAUGCUGAGAAUAAAUCGAUUUUCAAUCAGUUUUUUGCACCAAAGAGUUGAACACGGAGGCUCUUUAAAUGUACAUACAUUUAAAUUUUAAAUUGGCCUUUUUGUAGACAAAAUAGACCAGAAAAUAUUGCAAUAAGGAUGCUGCGAGAGAACGCAAAAGUUUUGCGAGGUAAUGCAAAAGAAAAAAAAAAAAAAAAAGAUAUUUAGGGGGUCUCCGUACACAGCAAUCAGUGACUUCAUUUCCGGCGGCGUGGAUUUUUUUUUAUUUUCGCUCACUUUUAGCAAACUCGCUCUCGACCAACACCCACCAAACAUCACAUACACUUAAUGCAGACACAGUUAUGAAACCACGCAGGGACAAGAAGCUUUCUUCUUUCUGCGAAGCUCUGGGGCUCACCGCAGCAGAUCAUGAUGACAAUGAAGUUUCCACGGAUUCUUCUGAUCCGGAUUUUGCCGACAGUGGAGAUGAAGCGGAUUUUCUUGAAGGCAUCGAUCCACUCCAUGAGGAUGAAGGUGAUUAUGUGGAGGAGAAGAAGGUCAAGGUGAAAGAGGAGAAGGAUGAUGUAGAGCAAAAGGACGAUAAAGAUGCUAUUGUACGUUCUGUCGUGGCGGGAGGAAAAGGGAGAAAAAGAAGUCGGAAGAGUCGGUUUAAGUUAAGUAAAAAAAAGCGCUCCAGGUCAGAGACGCACUCAAGUUAUAACGGCAGAUGGAAAACGGAAAAGGAGCCUGACCAUAUGCCACGUCCUCCACUCCAUUUCUUCCCAAAAAGAAAGCCAGGUGUGCAGCCACCACUUUCAUAUAGCAAAAGUAAUCCAUCUCCAUCAGAGCUAUUCAAAAUGUACUUCGACCAGACUACCAUCAAAAUUCUGUGUGUAAACACCAACAAAAAUGCAGCAAGACAUUUGGCUGCCGGGAAAAAAUGUAAAUGGACUGACAUCAAAGAAGGGGAAAUGUAUCAGUAUAUUGGGCUCACACUGUACAUGGGGAUUCUGAAACGGCCACAACUCAAAGAUUUCUGGAAAACCACCACAAUAUUUCAGGUUUUGUACCCCCCCAAAGUAAUGCCCAGAGAUCGGUUCAUAAACAUCACUGCCAACAUUCACAUGAGUGACCCUGUGGCUGAUGCUGUCAAUGACAGCAAGAAAGGCACCCCUGAAUAUGACUGUCUUCACAGACUGCGGCCCCUGUACAACAGUGUGCAGGUCGCCUGCAAAGCUGUGUACCAACCCCAGCAACACCUCUCUGUUGAUGAACGCAUGGUAGCCACAAAAGCAAAAAUUCGCCUGAAGCAAUAUAUGAAACGCAAGCCGACAAAGUGGGGGAUAAAACUUUUUGUGCUGUCUGACAACACAGGCUACACCAUUGACUUCCAGAUUUACACUGGGAAGGCCUCUGAGCCUUCUGGAAAGGGGAUGUCCUUUGAUGCCGUCAUGUCUCUCAUCAAAAAAGCCUACCUCGGAUCUGGGUACCAGAUUUACGGUGACAACUUUUACACCAGCCCAGCGCUGUUCAGUCACCUUUACGAGCUCGGCUUUGGAGCAUGCGGGACAUUCAGAAGCACGAGAAUCGGUAUCCCGAAAACAACCGAGAAUGCCCUGACAAAAAAAUCGCCACGAGGGUCUAUUAGAUGGAUCAGAGAGGGCCCUCUCCUUUUUGUCAAAUGGAUGAACAUAAGGGAGGUGAAUUUGUGUUCUACCCUACACACUGCCUUUUCAGGAGACACCAUCAAAAAAAUGGAAAAGGCUGGAGGAAAACUUCAAGAGCUCGAGUUUCCAGUGCCGCCAGCCGUCUUAGACUACAACCGCUACAUGGGGGGAGUGGACUUGUCAGACCAGCUGAUUGGCUCCUACUCUUCACGGCGAAAGAGCAGAAAGUGGUACAUGACGGUCCUGCACCAUUUCAUAGAUAUUGCUGUUACAAACAGCUAUCUACUUCACAAAGAGAUGUGUGGUAGACUGAAGGAGCGGGCAUUGACACACCAGCAAUUUUUUGAGCAGCUGACAACUGAGCUCUGUGGAGUCUCACCAACAGUCCAGAAGACGAGCUAUGACCAUUUGCCUGUUGCAAUCGUCGAGGGGGCAACUGGGUCGAAGAAAACAACUGAGGGGCGCAGAAGGUGCAGGAUUUGUAAAAGAUCUACUCCCUUCAUGUGUGAGGCAUGCAAACUUCCUCUGUGCGUCAUUGUGGACAGGAACUGCCACAAGGUCUACCACAGCUCCGGUGGUCGUGGUAAAAAAUAAUGUCCUUGUAAGAUGAUGAAUGGCACAAUGUCAUAUGUAGAACACGGACUGUGCUGAUGUAAAAACGUUUCUUUGUGUGUAUAUGUGAUUUAUUCAAACUGGGGCCAACAUACAAAGUACCGGAGACACUACUACUAUAAAAACGAGAAAUUACUUUGUUCUUGGUUAUCUAUGCACAUGUUUUUCUCUGUCAUACUGAUUGUUUGUUCUAUUGUUUUUUUAAAACUUGUUUGAAAUAAAAUAAAAAUGAAAACAUUUCUAUUAUUUUUUGCUACACAUUAUAG